AUGCCCACCACUUCAUCUACACAGACACGUCAGAGAGAGAAAGCGAGAGAGGACAGGAGGGAGCGUGAUACUGUCGAAGUGGUCAGCUUCUGGGCUGACAUCUACCUGAUGGAGUCCAACAGCUGCAUCAAUGUUGAGUUUUUGGGUACAGCUGAGGAUUCCUUCUACUUUGGAGAUUUGGAGGAGGAUGAUUUCACAAAGUCCAAAGAGCUUCAUUGGUCCAUUGAGGGCAAGAACGGUGCUGGAUACCUGAUUUUAAACCAAGAAGACACAUUCGUGCUCCAGACCUGCUGUGAGAAGAAACUCUGCAUCAGGACCUAUCGGAGCUCUUCUCAACACGAUCAGAAAAAGUUGCCAGUCAUGAUAUAUGCCCAAAAGAAUGACCAGACAAUGGUGGUAUGUUGUAAGGAGCACAAAAUUCAAGCUGUACCAAUGACGCCCCCCACAGACAUCCCUGGAACGAAUCACGAGGCUUUGUUCUACCGGAUGCGACUUUCUGGAAGUAACAGGUUUAAGUUUGUGUUCUCAGCAGAUCCCAAAAAAGUUCUUGGAGUUGUUAAUGAAAACAGUCUUUAUAAACUGACCCUGCUUCCUGAAGAUGAUGUUGUUGAUAUGAGAGUUGAGUUUGUGGUUAAAUAA